AUGCGGGUGAUGGGAGUAUUGGAAGAACGCGGACAGAAUGAAGAGAUGAUCGCAAGCCUACCGAUACACAGCGGCGGUGGAGGCGGUGGUGGUGGCGGCGGUGGUGGUGGUGGCGGCGGCGGCGGCGGCGGUGGUGGUGGUAGCGACGGAGGUGGCGGAGGUAGCAGCAACGGAGGUCCGAACAACCGCGUGGGUCGUGGAUUGGCCCUUCACAGGUCCAAUUCGAGCUUGGAGCUUCCUCACAGUCCGGACCCUGCCACUCGAGUGCCAGAAACUCCUCUGAGAAGGGAGUAUGGAUCUCACGGAAGCAUCGACGUAGUGGCUCAAUCGGUCACGAUCGGGGAGAAUUUGUUCGCGAUGCUUCAAGACCUGAGGCCAUCUGCGUCGGCGUCCGUCUCUAUACCGACCUCGACCUCGACCUCCUCGUCGACGUCCGUGUCCGACCAACGAGGUUCGAUCGGCGUGGAAUUCCUUAGACGAGUUCCCACGGACGGGCAAACGAUCGACGCUGACGAGGUUUGCGGCCCGACCGGUAACUCCAGUCCGAAAUUACGAUUGAAGCUUCAUAGACUGUGGGGCGCGAAAGCCGCGCCACGGCCGAUGGAGGAGAGCUGCAGUAGCCCGGUCGUUUCGGCCGACGUCGAGGAAAGGCACAGAAGGCGAGCAUUCGCCCAUUACGACUGUCAAUCGCUCACAGCGAAUCUCGGAUACGCGGCGAAACUCAGGGGUAUUCUACUCGCGAGGAGAAGAAACACCGCGACCGGUGCCUCGGCCGCGAGUUCCUUCAGAGCCUCCACCCCGGACGAGACGCCAGAAGAGGACGCCGGUGAUGGAAGAGGUAACGACCUGCUGGAAUCGUGUCCCUUCUUCCGGAACGAGAUCGGCGGCGAGGGAGAGCGGGAAGUGGGCCUCACUCGGUGUUCUCUGGGUAACGGGGUUCACCGACCAUCCUUAUCGUACGGCGUCGCUGUUCUGGAACCGGUGCCUGGCGAAACAUCCUGGAAACACACUUGCCCUCUGCAGAAACGACCACUGCCCGUCGAGAGCGUCGACGAGGGCGCUCAUUAUUACAGACGGUACUUUCUCGGUCGCGAGCAUCAAAAUUGGUUCGGCAUGGACGAACAGCUGGGCCCGGUAGCUAUUAGCAUACGAAAGGACGUCAGUCAGUAUAGGAUAAUAGUUCGUACCUCGGAGUUGUUGACGCUUCGCGGUUCGGUCCCGGACGAGGCUCUCGGUGGCAUAAGGCCACAGGGUAGGUUACCCACCAGAGAACUCUUGGAAUUGGUCGCACCGGAAGUUCAACUCGGUUGCCUCCGUUCGGGAACUCCUGCCGCCGAGGAAGCUCUGGCUAGAUUGGACGAGCAGGGACUUUCCAACAAGUACAAGGUCGGCGUACUUUAUUGUAGAUCCGGCCAAAGGACCGAAGAAGAAAUGUACAACAAUCAACACGCCGGACCGGCUUUCCUCGAGUUCCUCGACGCUAUCGGCCAAAGAAUAAGACUACGAGGAUUCGAAGGGUACAAGGCUGGUCUGGACACGAGAACCGACUCGACCGGAACCCAUGCGAUCGCCGCGACGUACAGAGGUACCGAAGUAACCUUUCACGUCUCCACGAUGCUACCCUUUACGCCGAACAACAGGCAACAGCUGCUCAGGAAGAGACACAUCGGAAACGAUAUAGUCACCAUCGUUUUCCAGGAACCUGGCGCGUUACCGUUCAGUCCGCGUAGGAUACGUUCCCAGUUUCAACACGUUUUCAUCGUGGUGAAAGCUAUCGAUCCCUGUUCCGACAACACUCAAUACAAGGUAGCUGUGUCGAGAAGCAAAGAAGUGCCGAUUUUCGGCCCCCCGGUACCCCCGGGUGCCACGUUUACCAAGGGAAAAGCGUUCGCCGAUUUCAUCUUGGCAAAAGUGAUCAACGCGGAAAAUGCCGCGCACAGAUCAGAGAAAUUCGCCACUAUGGCAACCAGAACGAGGCAAGAGUAUCUGAAGGACCUCGCUAGCAACUAUUCUUCCACCACCAUGGUCGACACUGGACAAAAAUUUUCUAUGCUGUCGUUCAGCAGCAAGAAGAAAACAGCCGUUCGACCGAGAUUGUCUUGCGACGCUUUGCAACGUGGCGCUAUAUGCUGGCAGGUGAUACUAGAGGAUAGCAAUCAGAAUACGGAUUGUUAUCUCGGAAUCAGCAUAGAUACGAUUGUCCUGAUCGAGGAACACUCCAGACAGAUCGUGUUCGUCGCUCCGUGCGUAAGCGUACUCGGAUGGCACGCUCAAACCAACAGCUUGAGGCUGUACUAUCAUCAAGGAGAAUGCAUUACGAUCCACGUGCGCGGCGAUUACGGGGAAAGGGACGAAUUGAUGGAAAUCGUGGCUCGUCUACGUGCCGUAACUCCAGGUGCUCCAGCCACCGAACUUUCCUUGAAGAGAAAUAGCCUGGGACAAUUGGGUUUUCACGUACAGCCGGACGGAGUGGUAACGCAAGUGGAAAGCAUGGGACUUUCUUGGCAAGCGGGACUCAGACAAGGAUCCCGACUCGUCGAGAUUUGCAAAGUGGCCGUGUCCACUUUGAGUCACGAUCAGAUGGUCGACUUGUUGAAAACCAGCGCUCAGGUCACCGUCACCGUCAUACCGCCGAGCAACGACGGUAUUCCCAGAAGAGGCUGCACGCUACAGAAUUGCCAGUAUUUGUCGAGCAACUACGAAGGCGAUUACGAGAACGUAACGAGCCCCGACAACACGCCGACUCAACAGACAGCCAUGUCUCAUCAGAGGCGAUACGAGCGAUCCUUUAGUCCACCGCGAUCGAGCAACAGUUCCGGCUACGGAACGGGAUCUAGUUCUAGGUCGUUCAACAACGAUCCACGCUUUCCCAUGGAGGGCACGAUGACCAGCAGUAGUAGCGGGCAUAGCAGCAACGACGAUCGUUGGUACGAACUUUUGGAACCGCAAGACCAAGAGAACACCGGGUAUCGUACCAAUGGUGGCACUCCUCCACCACCGCUUCCAGCCAGGCAAUCGUUCCAGAUGAUCGCUCAGAAAUCUUCUUCGCAGAAGAAAGACAAAGAAUCCCAUUAUGCGAGCAGCAAACAGUUUUCGGACAAUUCCAAGCAUCACGGUCACGAUCAUUACGCAGCCAAGGAUGGCAAUUACGCGACGUCGAAAACCAUGCAAGACAACGCUAGGCACGAGAGUUAUCAGAGGCAACUGGACAACGCUCACCGUGCCCAGGAUCACGUUUCCUCCAAUUACGUGAAGCUUCAGAAGGAAAAGUACGAGAUCAAGCAAGAAAAUAUAUAUGCGUCUCAGAGGGAGCUUCAGAAGAACGAUAUACAUUACGUCAAUCACCAAAAGUUGAGCGCGUCCAACUCUUUGCCUUUGGCGCAAAACGCCUCUUACAGCCUUCCAAAGUCCGGCAGCAAUAACAAUCUCGGUAGAUGCAACGAAUACGAGCAUGACGGUAAGUCGGAGAGAAAUUCAAAGUACGACGCGCAGGAGGAAAAGGUGUCGGAUCGAACGCCGUGCAAGUACGUCGAGCAAGACGCGGUAAGAGGCCACGAUAAGAGAACGGCGACCAUCAACUACGAGUAUCCCGAGGAUAUGUACGAGAGGCGAAGCAGCAAGUACGACAUGGAUAUCGCCAAGUACGAGAUCGAGUGUCAACACAACAGCGGAGCCGGUGUCAACGAAAGAAAACACGCUGGCGGAGAUAGCGUGGAGCAAAAUCGGGAAUCGAUCAGAUACGAGCUACCGCACGAAUUCAAAGUCGGGGAGAAGGUUACCUGUUUGAAAACUACUAUUACCGAGAGACCCGUGCCUCACAAGAUAAACGUGGAGUAUCGUCAGACCAAGGACUUUACCGCGAGCCUUCCACCGGAAAUGCGAAUUACCGAUGUCAACUGUCCGGAUAUGGCCACUCUACCGAGCGAGGAUGAAUUAUCGAACGGAUCUGGUAGCGUGUCACCUCGACUGAGAAGAACGAACAAACAUCGGGGCGGAAAUCUAACGCCUUCGAGUGGCGGCUCGAGAAAUCAGAGUCCCAGGCCGAAAGCGGGUAUGAGAAAUUCUCACAGGAAUUCGGCGAAUUUAACUUCGAGCACGCUUCAAGAGGAUCUCAUGAAGCUGAUCAAUCCCGACUAUAUCGUCGACGACGAGCAGAUAACCAAUAACAACGUGACCGGAAACGUGCUGAUCGCCAAUCAAAAUUCCAACAAGAUGAACAACAACAUGCUCGAGAUUCAGAACAGGUGUAGAUCGAGAGAGAAUCUAUGCGGUAACAGCGGUAACAACGCGCUGACCGUACUACCGACCAACGGACAAGAAAACGGAAAUAGCGGAUCCGAGGUUAUUCUGACGAUGGCUAGGCCAGCUACCGUCAUUUCGAACGCGAGCACAGCGUCCAGUCCUGCGCCGAGCGAAAACAAGUUAUCCAAGGAAGAGAGAAAUUCCGUGUCGGAUUUGCAGACCCAUUUGUCCUCUCUCGAACUGAGAGUAGCCAGAGAGACGCGUCGAAGGCUUUCUCUGGAAGACGAGGUACGUCGUUUGCGAGACGAAAACCGACGCCUACAGGAUGAAAGUCACGCGGCUGCUCAACAGCUUCGACGUUUCACGGAAUGGUUCUUUCAAACGAUAGAUUACCAGUGAAUUUGUCGAAAUUAUACGACUCGACGAUCAUCGAUUCCAAGACAAUCGUUCCAAUUAUACGUAUCUUUCUUCUUCUUUCCUCGUCGUUCUCUUUAAGAACGUGUUAAAAUCACGUUCAUCAUUUUGUAAGAGCAGUAUUAGUUUCGCGUUUUCUCGGAUGUCGAAUGUGCGUAUCUUUAGCGAUUAAGGCGCGAAUCAGAGGCAAUCGAAGGCGAUUGUACGCGGUCACUCUUCUUUUUCUUUUAUCGUUCACGAUAUUGCGAGCAUCCUUCUCGGUAUUUUGUACAAUAGAUUCUACUUUAAAUAGUUGUAACGGUACAGUGUAAGUUACCAUCGUGUUGCGCUCCAUCGAAUUCACUGCAUCGAUCAAACGUCUAAGAGCUAGCGCAUAGACCUAUCUAUUAGGUUCUUCGGUAUUACCGCAUUGACUCGGUGAAACGUUGCUUCGUUCGCGAUGCACGUUGAUCACGAUUACGUCUUACUUCGAAACGACCAAAUAUUGCUAGUUGUUUAAGAGUCAUUAUAACUCAUUCGUAAUUUAUUACGUACUCUUUUGUAUCACCGUGAAAAGCAUCGUUAAGCGAGACAUUAAGGGAUCGUUUUUGCGCGUGUCUGCAAAUUUAAACAUUCCGCGUUCACGCAACGCGAUGCCGAUCGUUUAUGUCGAGCGGAAUCGUUCGGGCGAGGCUCGCGCGUUUCUUCCUCGUGCAAGCCGUUUUCUUCGCAGAACUAUGCAAAGACAGACAGCCGUAGACGAAUGAUAAUUUGUAAAGCGAUGAAAUUAAUCGAUAAUAAACAAAAAUGUACAUCUCUUUGAGAGGGAGUGGUUUAUUUUUUUAUGCGAGGACGCUCGUGCGAGAAAUGGAAAUCGGUUGGUCGGGAAAUCUCGAGGAAAGAAUGGCAAUGAGACGUUACAGUAACACCGCGACACGUAGAAUAAAAUAGUUUAUUGUAAUUCACAGAAAAAAAAAAAACAAGACAUUUCCAUG